UGAUGUUUCCCAUGCACCAGUCCUCAAACAAGUGUCUUGUGACAGAAGAGUAAAAUACAAAACUGAUAUUUUAGUACACCUUCUGUAUUUGCAAGACACCAACUAUCUGCACAUGCCAGCGAUUAACAGUGAGCUUGAGUCGAGGAUUUCGUCUCUUAAUCUUUCCCACGUUGACUUGGUGAAUAAAACCUGGAAGUUCGGAGGAGACGAGAAGGGUUACAGAAAGAUUGAAAACCUAAUCAGUAACUUCCCAUCAUGCUGCAUCACAGACAGCCAGGGUCAGCCCGUGUCCUGGAUACUCGUAUAUGAUUACUGUGCUCUGGGAAUGUUGUAUACGCUGCCAGAGCACAGAGGGAAAGGAUACGCCAAAAUCGUGAUCAGCACUUUGGCCAAGAAACUCCAUGCUGAGGGUUACCCGGUGUUCUGCUACAUAGAAGAGGACAAUGUGCUGUCCUACAAGCUCUUUAAAAACAUGGGCUUCAUUGAGGAUCCUUCUUACAGGGCUGCAUGGUUGGAGUUCAAUUUUUCAGAUUAGAGUCAACAUCUUUUAUAUGUACAUCCAACAUUUGUAUCACGUUGCGCCUUCUUCAUUUAUAAAAAUAGUAUUCAAAUGAAUGCAACCCUCUUAUUUAUAAAAGUGUGAUCACUUCUGGU